AUGAAGAUAUGCUUUUCGAUAUGGGUAUUUGCGCUGUUUACCUUAUUCUGUGGAACACUUGUACUAAUACCGAAUGCGACCGGUACAUUAUUCGGACCAACCAAUUUGGCUGUGAAUUACGGUUUGAUUUUUAUAGCCUUUUCAUUUGGAAGUUUUACGUGCGCAAUUUUUACAACCUUUGUUACUCCAGAAGGUGCUUACGUAUUCCAAUACACAUGCUGUGGAGUUGUUUGCCUUGUGUCACUUUUUAUAACAUUAUGGAUUCAAGAUCGGAAAACUCCGGAGAAGUGUAAACUAAGUGAAUGCUUUGUUAAAUCGUGUGCAAAGUUCCGCGUAAAGCAAUCAGCAUAUAGUCCGCAUGAGUUAGAAGCACUGAGAUCCUAA